AGUUUGGACUGUGAUUUCAGCAUCAUGGGGUUAGGAGCUUUGUGUCUUCUGCUACUGUAUGGACUCAUUGGGUCCUACGCGCAGCCACCAUGCAGCCUGAUAACACCCAACGUGCUGUGUGUGGACAGCGAGGAGACCAUUAUAGUAGAUGGACAUGGUUCGGAGUUUGAAGCUGAAAUCAUAGUCCAAGACUAUCCCCAGAAGAAGUUCUCUUUAGUUUCGAGCAAAGUCUCUGUGAACAGCAGUAACCGGUACUUUGGAGAUGUUACGUUGACGAUCCCUUCUAAGAAUUUGGAAAAAGACCCAAAUAAGAAACAGUUUGUGUACGUCACUGUAAAGUCUGCUGCUUGCUCUCUGCAGAAAUUUGUCCUGGUGUCCUUUAAAAGUGGAUAUAUAUUCAUACAGACUGACAAACCCAUCUACACCCCAGGAUCUACAGUUCUAUACAGGAUUUUCACAGUGACCUCAAAACUAAAACCAGUGAGCAAACCGGUGAUCAUUGAAUUCCUGACUCCAGAUAAUGUCAUCGUCAAAAAAGAUCUGAUUCAUCAAAAUGACAAAACUGGAAUAAUUUCCUUGUCUCAUAAACUGCCCAAUCUUGUAAGUUUGGGAGUAUGGACAAUAUCAGCAAAGUUUCAGGAUACCUUCAUACAGAAUUAUACCACACAAUUUGAAGUGAAGGAAUAUGUUCUACCAAGCUUUGAAAUAAAAGUGACUACAUCUCAGAAAUUUUUCUACAUUAACGACGAAGAACUAAGGGUGGACAUAGAGGCAACCUAUCUCUUUGGUAAACCUGUAAUAGGAAAAUGCUUUGUGAUCUUUGGACUCAAGAGAGACAAUGAGAAGACAGUUCUACCAGAUACCCUGAGGAGAGAAGAUAUCAACGAGGGUAAAGGUUCUGCUAUUUUGAAAAGAGAGAACUUAUUGAAGGUCUUUCCAGAAAAGAAUGACUUGUUACAAUGGACCUUAUUCGUGUCUGUUACUGUCAUUACUGAUUCAGGCAGUGAUAUGGCAGAAUAUGAGCUGGAUAACAUCUUCAUUGUGGAAUCUCCUUAUAAAAUUCUCUACACAAAAACAUCCAAGUUUUUCAAGCCUGGAAUGACAUUUGAUCUUACGGUGUUUGUCACUAAUCCUGAUGGGUCUCCGGCUGAUCGCGUCCCUGUUGUAGUAAAUCCAGGAGAUUGCAGACGAUCAACUAAAAAAGAUGGAACCAUUCGGCUGACCCUGAAUACUUUAUCAGACAUAGACACGCUGGAGAUAACAGUAUCAACAACAGAUAAAAACAUACCUACGGAAAAACAAGCUUCUGCCACCAUGGUGGCCUCUGCUUACCAACCAACCAAUAGUAAAAACUAUUUACAUCUCAGUGUCCUGGGGACAGAAUUGAAGCUAGGAGACAAUAUAGGGAUCAACUUUAUUAUCCGGAACAAUGACAGUGAAAUUCAAAACCGGAUCACCCAGUUCAACUAUGUGAUAAUGAACAAAGGAAGGAUAAUGAAGGUGGGAACACAGGCAAGGGAGAAGGGCCAGCCUCUUGUGACUAUGUCACUGGCAAUAACAGAAGAAUUUAUCCCUUCAUUUCGCAUUUUGGCAUACUAUACCGUGACCAAUGGAGAAGUUCGGGAAAUUGUGGCUGACUCUAUUUGGAUUGAUGUAGCCGAUACCUGUAUGGGGACGCUGGUAGUAACAGGAGAGAAGAACCAACACCAUACUAAUCAGAGACCUGGAAGCCAUGUGAAGCUAAAACUACAAGCAGACCAUAAAGCUGCUGUUGGACUGGUGGUUGUCGAUAAAGGUGUCUAUGUGAUCAACAAUAAACUUAAGAUCUCCCAGCGCAAGAUCUGGGACUCAGUGGAAAAAAAUGACAUUGGUUGCACACCUGGGAGUGGAGCCAAUGCACCAGGAGUGUUUUUUGAUGCUGGCCUUGCCCUGCAAACAAACUUCAAAAUGGCAACUCCUCAGAGAUCAGAGCCUUUAUGUCAACAAAAUCUGAAGCGUAGGAGACGUUCCUCAGGUAUUUUGAUUCAAGAACGGAACCAAAAAGCAUCACAAUAUAAAGAGCUGGAGAAAAAAUGUUGUCAAGACGGCAUGCUUGACAACCCCAUGGGUCACAGUUGUGAACGUCGAACUCGCCACAUCACGGAUGGAGACAAAUGUAUUACUGCUUUCCUUGACUGCUGCAAACACAUUAAAAUGAAAAGGGAAUCUGCGAAAGCACUGAAAGAAGUUGAUGAGGAAGAAAGAAAUCAAGAAGAGGAAGAAUUCAUUGAUGAAGCUGAGAUACAAUCCCGAACAGAUUUCCCAGAAAGCUGGCUUUGGAAGACAGAAGUAAUGAAUGAAGCACCAGAUGCCAAUGGGAUCUCCACCAAGACUAUACCCAUUACCUUAAAAGAUUCGAUCACCACAUGGGAGGUUUUGGCUGUGAGUCUAUUGGACAGUAAAGGUAUCUGUGUGUCUGAACCUCAUAAUAUUGAGGUAAGGAUGGACUUCUUCAUUGAUUUGAAGCUUCCAUAUUCUGUGGUGAGAUAUGAACAAGUAGAGAUACGGGCCAUUCUCUACAACUACUACACCAAUGAGCUGAAGUUGUAUGUAUACUGGACCUACAAUGAACACUUCUGCAGUCUCUCUACUGCCAAGAAGAAGUUUCGUCAAGAAGUGAAAAUGCCACCUUCCUCAUCUGUGGUUGCAACAUUUAUUAUUGUACCACUAACCCUGGGAUAUCAUGAAAUUGAAGUGAAGGCAUCUGGACAGGGUUUAUUUGAUGGUGUAAAGAAAAAGCUGUUUGUUGUGCCAGAAGGAAGACGUCUGACACAGACCGUGACAUCAGUUGUUUUGGAGCCAGAACUAAAAGGAGGAGUACAGGAAGAACAGUUCUCAGUAGAUCCCAAAAAUAUUGUUCCUAAUACAGAAGUUGACACCAUUGUAACCAUUCAAGGAAGCCCAAUAAGUGAAAUGGUAGAUAAAUCCAUUGAUGGUGUCAAUCUGAACCACCUGAUCAAUGCUCCAUAUGGAUGUGCCGAGCAAAUCAUGAUGACUAUGACGGCUCCCCUGAUAGCCACACAUUACCUGGAUGUCAGUAACCAAUGGCAUAGGGUAGGACUCGAGCGCAGGGAUCAGGCCAUUCAGUACAUCAAAAAUGGUGUAAUGCAGCAACUGACAUACGCAAAAGAAGAUGCUUCAUAUGGCACCUGGGCCAAAACACCUUCUAGCACAUGGCUCACUGCUUAUGUAGUCAAAGUAUUUUCCUUGGCUUCAAGUCUGGUCGAUGUUCAGAAAAAUGUGAUAUGUGAUCCAGUGAAGUGGCUCAUUCUAAAUAAACAAAAUCCAGAUGGGGAAUUCAGGGAGGAUUUUCCUGUCUAUCAUCAAGAGAUGGUGGGUGCUAUACAAAAAGGUAACGUUGAGCUGGAUUCUACUCUUACAGCCUUCGUCCUCAUCUCCAUGUUGACAAGUGAAGAAACCUGUAAAGACCAAGUUGCCAAUAUUCCUAGAAGCAUUAAAAAUGCAAUAAAAUAUUUAAAUGAUGGUUAUCAAUCCCUGAAGAAACCCUACUCCAUCGCCAUCACUUCCUACGCACUGGCUAAGGCUGGCAAACUCAAUGACUCCAGUAUUCUAAUGGCUGCAUCUACAGAUAAUGACCACUGGGAUGAACCAGGCUCUCGCUUUUUAUCACUUGAGGCUACUUCCUACGCCCUUCUUACCCUCUUGAAGUGGAAGGAGUUUGAGAAGGCUGGACCACUGGUGAAAUGGCUAACUGAACAGAGAUAUUAUGGGGAAGUCUUUGGAUCCACACAAUCCACUAUGAUGCAGUUUGAAGCUCUUGCUCAGUACCAGAUAGUCGUACCAGCUUUCAAAGACUUGGAAAUGGAUGUCUCCUUCAAAUUACCUGGGAGAACCAACCAUAUACCUCUUCGUCUCAGCCUUUCAGAACUCUUGCUGACCCGAUCAGCAACGACAAAAGCAGUUGGAAACUUUACAGUUACUGCAAAAGGGAAAGGUCAAGGCACUUUGACGGUAUUUUCUAUCCAUCAUGCUUUUGAGACUGAGAAAGAGAGAAAAUGCAACAACUUCAGUCUGUCGGUGACCAUUCAGGAGGAACCAGAAUUUAAGAGACCUAAUGAGGCUUUUUCGACUGUUUCCGUUACUAUUUGCACCAGAUUCCUUCAGAACCGAAGUGCCACCAUGUCCAUCAUUGAUAUGUCUAUGAUGACUGGUUAUGCUCCAGAUAUAAAUGACCUUAAUAAGCUUAAAAAUGGAGUGGACAGAUACAUCUCCAACUUUGAAAUCAACAAAGGCGCAUUUGAUAAAGGCACAUUGAUUAUCUACAUUGACCGGAUUUCCCACACCGAAGAUGAAUGUCUGAAAUUCCACCUUCAUCAGUACUUUCAAAUAGGACUUAUUCAGCCUGGAUCUGUCACAGUGUACGAUUAUUACACUCCAGAAAACCGGUGCACUAAAUUCUACCACAUGGAGGAAGGCAGCAAACUUCUGAGCAAGAUCUGCAAGGGAGAUUUGUGUCGCUGUGCAGAAGAGAAUUGCUUUAUGCAGCAACAGCUUGGUAAGGUGAAGGCUCUUGAUCGAUUAAAUAAGGCUUGUGAAGCUGCUGUGGAUUAUGUCUAUAAUGCAACACUGACGACCAUUGAGAAGGGUGAUAACUAUGACAUCUAUGUCAUGACAAUUACUACAGUCCUUAAAGAAGGUACGGAUGUAGGCGUUGCCAAUCAGAAACGCAAUUUUAUCAGCCAUGCUAAAUGUAACAAAGCCUUAAACUUGGAGGAAGGCAAAGACUAUGUGAUCUGGGGAGUGAGCAAAGAUCUGUGGAAUACUGCGGAUGGAUAUGCCUACAUGAUAACCAAGGACACUUGGAUUGAGAUCUGGCCAAAUAACCGAGAUUGCCAGAAAGCUGAGUUCAAAAACCUCUGUGAUGAACUCUUCCGGUUUAUCGAUGAGAUGGAUGUCCGUGGAUGUACCAGUUAAAUUUUUCUGGCCCCAUAUUCCCAGUUUCAUAUUCUUGUUUUAUGUGCUAAGAAUAAAUACAUCAAAAAACA